UCAAAGUAAGUUUUUAAUAUUUUGUAAUAAAUAAUAUUUAAUACAGUAUUUUUUUCUCAAAAAAUGAAGAUUUGAAACUACGCCAAAGGAUUGGAUUAAUGAAGAAGGAAGGAGUAUGUAAGUAAGAUCGCCGCGAUUGCGGCCAAAGAUCCUUGCCUCCUCAGGUGCACGGAGCAGUGUCUGCCGAAAAACGUAUACUACGUUAAGAUAAUUAAUUAUCUUCUACAAGGAAGGAACACGGUAACAGGAGGAAAACUCGAGUCCAAUAAGGACCUUAGUGCUGGUAAGCUUUACCAAAGUGGAUGGGUUCAAUCCAUGGAAGAUGCCAACACAGUGAAUUAUUCUUCAUUUUGUCAAAGGUGCUUCAUACCCAAUCACUGAACCUUUCAGCGUUGCGUCUUUGGAUUGCAGUGGACAAAGAUAGCUUCAUCAAAACUGCACAUUGCACUUGUGUUGCCGGCCUUGGUGAGUGCUGUACUCACAUUGGCGGAACUUUGUUUGCUUUGAUGUCUAUAGCAAGAAAAUUCGAAGAGGAUAAUCUAAUAUCGGUCACUGAUAUGAAAACUUAUUGGAAAGUUCCUUCAUGUAAGCUCAAAAUCCAGGUGCCAUGUGAAAAGAUUAAAUGGAACAAAAUUAGUCAGUCUGCACAGAAGGGCAAAAGACAAGUUCAAACUGCUUCUUGUGCCCAAGUGAUAACGGCAUCCGUAUUUAAGCAGGCUGCUAGGACAAAUUUAAAAAAUGUGUCGAUGAGUCUUUUGAAGAGGGAAGAAGAGCAGAAAACUCAACUCACGAUUGAAACAUCUGGGUUCAUAAUUGACAAGGAAAAAUCCUACUAUGCUUGUUCCCCCGAUGGUAUUUGGAGAUGCGACUGCUGUGGAGAAAUGCCUGUUGAAGUCAAGUGUCCCUUCUGCCUCAAAGACGGUAAUGUUGCAACUUUUAUAUUCUCAUCUAGCUGCCUCAUCAUUAAAGAGAACGGUGAAUGGAGGAUUUCAAAACAGCGCCAAUAUUACUGA